AUGUUUGAUUUAGAUUUUGCGAGCAUACCCAACAAAGAGGCAUGGAUAAGUUCAGCUAGACAAGCUACUGAAAAUCCAAGCGACUUUAAAAAUUGGGAAAAGCUGGUUCAAUUGACUGAAAUUUUACCUUCAAUUAACCACAAGACUAAAAACACAAUAACGGCUCAUUCAAAAGAAGUUGAGAAACAACUGGUUCUGAUAACCCAUGAAAAUUUGGUGAUAAAUUUCCCGCUAUUAGAACAAUAUUGGAUCAAUUACGCCGAAUGGCAUUAUAAAUUUAAUGAUCUGAGUAACUGUAUGAAAACAUUUGAAAGGGCCCUCAAAAUCAUCCCUUCAUCUCUAGUUAUUUGGAUUGCUUAUCUCGAGAUACUAAUGAAAGUAUAUUACUAUGACCAUGAGACCAUGAUCAAGUAUUUUGAACGGGCAAGAAUUUCAAUCGGAUAUCAUUAUUACUGCUCCAUUUUUUUUGAUAAGUAUCUAAUUUUUUUAAAGAAGAACAAACUAGAAAAAAAUUACCAUUUUAUUUUGAGAAGGAUAAUAGAAAUUCCGCAACAUGAAUAUCUCAAGUACUUCAAAACUUACUUUUCUUUAAUCGAAAAUGCCAAUUUAGAUACAAUAAAAUAUAUAUUAUCCGGCAAUGAUUUAAAAAAUGACUUUAAUUUAAGCUGGGUGGAUCUUUUAAAUGAAGAUACAUUCUCUAAACUCAAAACUGACAUUAGGAAAAAGUUUGUGGACCUUUACAUCACCACUCAAUAUUAUACAUGGAAAUUUUACGAGUUUGAAAAAAGGCUCAAAACCAACUACUUCAAGCCACACCAUGAAUUAAGUAGACUUGAGCUUAAUACUUGGAACUCAUAUAUUGAAUAUGUUGAGGUUCUUAAUCUAAAAAUUGCUACGAAAGAGCGAGAGCAUUCUUUGAUCAAAAAUAACCAAGCACUGAUCCAAUCUGUAUAUGAGAGGUGCCUUGUUGUCACAGGUAACUAUCAUUUUUUCUGGAUCAAGUUGGCAAAUUAUUAUCUAAACUAUAACAAUAUAGAUUUAGCAAAGGAAACUUUACUAAGAGGUAUUUAUGCCAACCCUAUCAGGAAUUUGAAGCUACGGAUACGUCUGAUUGAUUUGUACACAAUUACUCUGGAAUUCGAUAAGGCAAAGGCAAUCAUUUACGAGUUGUUACAAUUACUACCUAAUAAUCUAGAGAUCUUUUGUAAGAUGUUACAAGUCGAACAUUUCACUCUACCGUCGAAUGUCGAGAAGCUAAUAAUGAACAAACUCACGGAAAUAUCUAAGAGUAAAAAUGCUCUUUUGGAAAACCAAUUUGACUACUUAUUCAUUGAAAUGCUAGAUUACUCAUGUAUUCCAACCUCUCGGCUGCGAAAAAUAUUUGAACAUUUCAACAGAAAAAAAAGCACAUACUAUAUCAAGGCGAAAACUAUGUUUACUGAACUUUACGAAAAUUCUGGUUCCAAACACACAGUAGAGGCUAAAAAAGAUGGUUGGUGUUGUGAAUAUUUCUAA